AUGGUGCUCGCUAAAAAGUACCAGGAACACAGGCCUGGGUAUCAGUCUUAUUUUAAUGAAAAUGGAACUGAACUGUUUCCUGUAAAAAAGUACUGUAACCUUUCCGAAAAUGACAAAUUGCAAUACAAAGACUUAGAAGAGAAGUUGACAAAGUUUGUAAAAGAACUUGGGGAGGUCCAGGCAACUUUGCCAAAAUCAGUAGAGAAAUGUGUUAAAGAACUUCGCAGCAUUGCAGAUGGCAUUGAUACAUUUCACAAAAAAGCCACCAUAGCCAGCGUCGUUGGAAACUCGGUUGGAAUUGUGGGUAGAAUCACCACCAUUGCGGGCAUUGCUUUGGCUCCUGUUACCUUUGGAGCAUCUCUGACUGUGACUAUGGCCGGUGCGGGAGUCUCUACUGCUGGGGGAAUCACUGGGGCUGCAUCUUCUAUUGCCGAUACUGUUAAUAUACGCAAGAAGGGCAAGAGAGUCGAGAAGAUUAUACAGGCAGUCCAGUCGGACAUAGCACACUUGGAAGAACUUCUGGAAUGCAUUAAUUCUCACAUUGAGCACAUGAAAAGGCUGAUGGGUGUGCAAGAUGGUGACAUUGUGAAAGACAGUGUAAGAGGGGACUUGGAAGCAGUUCGCAUAACGCGGCUGGCUCAGCUGGCCAAGAUAUCUGCUGCUGCUUCCCAGAUAGCAUCUCAGGGAGCCCAGGCUGCAGCAGCUGUAUCUGGAGUCUUAGCAACACUGUUUAUAUUUAUGAACAUUGCAUCUGUUGCAAAGGGAGCAAAAGAUCUGAAAGCCGGGGCUAAAGCUGAGCAAGCAAAAAAAAUCCGAGAUGUUGCUGAUCAGAUGGAGACUGAGUUUGAAAAGAUACAAGCUGCUGCACUUGAAGUGCAAAAUGGUUUUUCAUUCAUUACUACAAUAGAGGAUUUUUAACUCUUAUGUAACAAUUGAAAGAUUAUAUGAUAUUAUCUGGGGAUAUUCAUUUUUUGGUUUCCCAGCAUACUCUGUGUUUCUACGGUGACAUCUUGAAUUACAAAUUUCACUAUAUAAAA